GCCCACAGCAAUAUUUAUAAAAAAGAAUAUGGAUGGUAAUAAAGACGAAGCAGAAAAAUGUUUUUUAUUUGCCAAAAAAUUUUCUUUGAAUGGAAAUAAAGAAAAAGCUAUUAAAUUUUUAAAUAAAUCUAUAAAAUUAUUUCCUACUAAAAAAGCUGAGGAUUUGUUAAAAGAACUUUCAGAAAAUAUACAAAACGGAACUGCCAAUAAUGAUAGCUCAGACAGAAAGCGUACACACAACAACUCUAAUAGUCAUUCAGCAAAGAAGGAGGAGGUUCAAAAAGAAGAACUUCAAGUUGAAUUAAAUUAUACACCUGAGCAACUUAAAGAAGUAAAAAGAAUUAAAGGUUGUAAAGAUUUCUAUGAUGUUCUUGGUAUAAGUAAAGACUUUACAGAUAAUGAAUUAAAGAAAGCUUAUAGAAAGUUAGCAUUGCAGUUUCAUCCUGAUAAAAAUCAUGCUCCUGGUGCAGCAGAAGCUUUUAAACGAAUAGGUGCUGCUUUUGCUGUUCUAAGCGAUAAAGAUAAGCGAAAACGUUAUGAUCAAUAUGGUGAACAACUUGGUCCUUCACAAUCUACACAAAGAUACCAUAGGGAAGAGUUUUUUGAAGGAGAUGUGUCACCAGAAGAUUUGUUCAAUAUGUUCUUUGGUGGUGGAUUUCCUCAAGGUCAUGUUUAUACUUACCGUCAACAACCAAGACAGCAUCGAAACACUCAUCAACAACAGAAUGUAUCAUCUGUGUAUCCAUUAGUUCAAUUGCUACCAAUCCUUCUGAUUGUUUUGUUUUCACUUCUUUCACCAUACCUGAUACCUGAACCUAUAUACAGUUUUCAACAGACAUCGCAAUACAGAUUUCCAUUCAAAACAAUUAGACAUAAAAUUCCAUUUUAUGUCAAGGAUCCCAAAUUUAAAGUAGACAUGUCAGAUAAAAGUUUUGAUGAGCUAAGUUAUAAAAUUGAGUCUGAUUACAUUGAUACUCUUCGUGUCAGAUGUCACAAAGAAAGACAAUAUCAAGCAGAACUUUAUUACCAGGCUCAAAUAUGGGGAAAUUCUGAGAUAAAGAGACGUGCUCAAUCAUAUCAGCUUGAUUCAUGUAAUCGCCUUCAAGAAAUUUCGUCGGCUUAGUAAAACCUAGCCCUUUAAAAUGUUAUUAGUGCGUCAUUUUUCAAAAUGAUAACUGCUAUUUCAUUAAGGCUAUGUUAUAAGAUUUUCUAAUGAUAUUCAAGUCGCAUAGCCGAGCAAAGAGUCAACACGCAUCCGAAAUGUUGAAUAAAAGAUAAAUAUGUGAAUACAAUAUUGAACUUACAUUAUACAACGUGAACUACAAUACCUAAAUAUUUAUGAUUACAUAAAUUAAUUUUAUAAUUUUAUGUUUUAAAUUUUUUUAUAGCUCA